AUGGCUUAUUGUGGACCAUCCUACGCUGUUCCAUCUUGUGCCUCUGCUCCAGUGGUCGGUUUUGGAUCAGCAGGUCUUGGCUACGGUGGUUUUGGAUCAGCAGGUCUUGGCUAUAGCGGCCUUGGUCUGGGCUCUGUCUAUGGCCAUGGACCAUUGGUCGGAUCCGGUGUCCCCUCAGUACACCUUGGCACACUUUCAGGAGUUGAGCCUUCCUGCAUCAACCAGAUCCCACCAGCAGAAGUCCUCAUCCAGCCACCCGCCUGUGUCGUAACCAUCCCAGGACCCAUCCUCUCUGCUACCGGUGAACCAGUUUCCGUGGGAGGCAACACUCCCUGUGCUGUUACCUAUGGUGGGCCUAGUCCUAUUGGAAUUGCUGGUCUUGGGGCUGGUGCUCUUGGGGCUGGAGCUCUUGGGCGCCGUUAUGGUUCUGGCAGCAGAAGCAGUCUCCUCCUUGGGCGCCGUGGCAGUGCCUGCCUACCCCCCUGCUAA